CGGUACGUAUAACACCCAAUUGGAGCGCAGCGGGGGAGGCGCCGGCAUUUUCUAAAGAGAAGACUGGGAGCACACGGUUGCGCCGGCUUGCAAACUAAGUUAAUGGAAGAAAAGAAGAUGGCUGCUAAUUCCAGCGCUGUCCCUUCCGACGGAAUUCUUAUCGGUGAUAAGGUUUACUCGGGUGUGAUGAUCUCGUUGGAAAAUUGUCUGAUACCUGAAGAGAGGUGCGCCAUGACGCCGUCCAUCGUGGAUGGUUUAGACGUGAACACCGAAACCGACCUUCGCUGUGUAGGCUGCGAGUUGAUCCAGGCAGCCGGCAUUUUGUUGCGACUUCCGCAGGUGGCCAUGGCUUCAGGACAGGUGUUGUUUCAACGAUUUUUCUACACAAAAUCUUUUGUAAAACAUUCAAUGGAGCAUGUUGCAAUGUCAUGUGUGCAUUUGGCAUCUAAAAUUGAGGAGGCUCCAAGGCGCAUAAGGGAUGUGAUAAAUGUGUUUCACCGCCUUCGACAUUUACGUGAGAAGCAGAAGCCAACACCAUUAAUUUUGGACCAAGAAUAUGUUAAUUUAAAGAAUCAAAUAAUAAAAGCCGAGAGACGAAUCUUAAAGGAACUGGGCUUUUGUGUGCAUGUGAAGCAUCCACAUAAGAUAAUAGUUAUGUAUCUCCAGGUGCUGGAGUGUGAACGUAAUAAACAUCUGGUCCAGACUUCAUGGAACUACAUGAAUGACAGUUUGCGUACUGAUGUCUUUGUGAGGUUCAAUCCAGAAAGCGUUGCCUGUGCUUGCAUUUACUUGGCUGCUAGAACACUAGAGAUCCCUCUACCCAAUCAUCCUCACUGGUUUUACUUGUUUGGUGCAUCAGAAGAGGAUAUAAAGGAGAUAUGUCUACAAAUUCUUAGACUUUACACCCGAAAAAAGGCAGAUCUUACUCUUCUUGAAAGUAAGGUGGAGAAAAGAAAACUUUUUAUUGAGGAAGCUAAAGCAAAGGCAAAAGGACUGCUGCCUGAUGGAACACCUCUUUUAGAGAGUGCUCCAGAAUUUUCACCCUUGAAAAAUGACUCCCCAAAUGAAUUAAAAGCAAACAAGCAUUCACCUUUCUCUGUUCAUGCUCUGAAAAACUGUAAAAGGAAAGUUGAUGGAACAAAACGACCAACAUCAUCCAGUCCUGUCAACGGUAGAGUGUCCAAAGGAAGAGAAAGCCGAAGUGGCAGCAGAAGUAGAGAUCAGAGCUACUCACGUUCUCAAUCUAGGUCCCAGUCACCUAAAAGAAGGAAAAGUGAGAGUUAUUCUCCAUCCAGCGAUUCAAAGUCUCGCAGUCCUUCAAGAAGCCGAAGUGACUCUCCGCCUCACAAACCAAACCAUGGCUCUUACAAUAGCACAAAAGGCCAUAUGUAUGGGAAAAGCAGUGAUUAUAAAUACCAGGGACACAAGAGAAGGUCUCGUAGCAGGAGCUCCUCACCCUCUCACAGUCGUUCCCGUGAUAGUUCAGACUCUGGAAAAUACAAGAAAAAAGACCACUACUACAGACGAGAGCGUUCUCGGUCUUAUGACAGAGUUAGCCACAGAGGCCGUGACAGGGAAUAUCACAGCAACAGUCAUCACAGAAGAUAAAACUCACACUGGACAUUUAUUCUAUGUUGCUCUGGCAUUUCUCACCUCUGAAUGAAAUAAUGUGCCAAGUUUAAUUGCUGCAGGAAAAGUUGUAUAUAUUUGUAUAUCUAAUUUGUUGGAAAACUACACGGCAGUGAUGACAACCUAUGGUGCUAGCUAAUAAAACAGUGCAGUGGCUUUUACUAGGCCUUUAACAUUUUAUUGGAAAAAUGGCUGUCUUGCUGCUGUGUGAUCCUGCAGAUUGUUAAUCAAAGGAACGUAGCGGAUGCAGUUUAUAUUUUUGAUAAGCAUUCAAGAAAGAAGGGAAUUCUGAUUUUUAUAGCAAGUGGUAUACUUUCCCUUUGUACCAAUACAUUUAGAAAUGUAAAACCCAUUCUUAAUGCAGAGUAUGCCUAUAUUAGGUUAUACCCAAAGAUUGAUCUUGCAAUGGGAACAUGACCUUAUGCAUCACUUUGGUCUGUUAAAUAUCUGCUUGUUACUUACCUGAAUGAAUAAGCACCACCCCUUCUCCAAAUAUUCUGUAAAGUAUUUUUGCUUUUUUUUUUUUUUUUUAAUAUUAAAAGCCGCGUGCAGGCCACGGGCAGUCACAUUUCAUUUUUCAACGGUUUUAUUGUCCUAAAACAAUGCAGGUGUACUCAGGAUAUUGAUAGCUUAAAGAAUGUUAACAGCUGUCAUUCUGCUUGUAUAAUAGCUGUUAAAAACCAAGCACAGCCAUGGUUUAUAUCAGUUUUAUUGGUAUCCAAGCUGUAUUUCUCAGUUUCAUUAAAAUAUGAAAUUUUCUA